AUGCUGCUCUCCUACGCUGGGGCCCUGAUCCUCUCAGCCCUUCUCCCCGCUCGCUCGCACCAAGACGGCCAGUGGGUUACGGCACCUCCCGAGCUACAGAACGUGACUGUCACGGGGGUGCUCCUGAUGAGCGCCAGCCCCUGCAGCAAGACCUGCGGCUUGGGCUGGAGGUCGGAAUACCGGUGCAGGGUGGACAAGGUGGGCAACACGACCGAAUGCAUUCUGGAGAAAGCCCUGUGCCUCGUCAGCAAGGAGUGCGGGCUGACCACCAGGACCCUCACAGCGGGCACCGGCCUGAACCUCAGCUGCGUCGAUGAAACCAUGGAGAGUGUAGGGUUAACGGAGUUCACCUUUAUUUGGAGGAUAGCAAAGGGGGUCGUGACCACAGAUAAUUUUUUCUUCAGACCUUACCCACUGAGGUACACCAAGGCCCCUUGGCUGAUAAGUUUCACGCAAGGAUUAUUAUUAUUAUUAUUGUUGCCCCUUUUCUCACCGGUGAAGCCCGUGCAGGAGAGGAACGCUGGCACCUACAUGUGCGAGGUGCAGAACAGUCAAACCAUGGAGGUGGUGAAGCAGAUUCUCAACGCCAUCAGGGUGCUCCCAGCGGGUCUGGUGGAGUUGGACUUCUUCAAAGCCCUGUCGGCCCAGCAGAAGCUGGAGAUGAUGGAGGGGGAGCAAGUGCCAGCGAUCCAGAAGGGGAAGAUCAAACGAUGGUGGGAAUUUUUCAACAGUUUCUUCACAAACACUAACAGUAACUUGAGGUUUGUUGGCAUUGGGGGCACCAUUGGGACCAUCGUGGGACUGUUAAUCUUAUACACGUUGAAAAGGAGAUGAGAGAUUAUUAUUAUUAUUAUUACAAUAAAACCCGCCCGAGUCUGAUCUGUACAAAUCGUAUAAUCACUGCUGUGCACAAUCGGCUGCCGCGUU